UAUGCACUGCACCCUAUAUCAGUAACUUACACGUAUUUGUUCUGUACUAGGUUAGAAGCGAAUAUUGCCUCUGUGAUUGUCAUCCAACACAGCUUAUCUCGCGGUGGCCGCACUAACAAGCAUACAGGCUUAAAACAAAGUAUCUUACAAAAGUGUCUGCAAGCAAAUUCCACUUAUUUGAUUAUGGGGGAAAGAAGCUGGGAAUACUACUCUUAUGCGCCGGGGGUGCUCCUUGGCGUCUGCUUGAUCGCUCUCAUCAAGAGCCUACCUCAUUCCAAGAAUCAGAAGAUGUAUCAGAUGCCACCGGGCCCCAAGGGUUGGCCCAUCUUGGGAAGCCUCGUCCAUCUUUCAGGGGUCGGACGGGAUGAGUUUCUCUUCGGUCUUGUCCGCCAGUACGGAGGGGUAUUCAGUUUGCGUCUUGGCAGCCAACUGGUGGUGGUCGUCAACAGUUUCCGAGACGUGAUGCGACCGCUGCUCCUUGAUGGUCACGUCUUGAGCGAAAGGGCGCCGAUAGAGUCUCUAGAUUGCUAUUUCCAGGGGCGGGGCAUAGCUGGUGCUAAAUACGGUAGCGGCUGGGAAGAAGUGCGACGUUUCACUCACCGCAUCUUCAGAUCUCUCGGCGUGGGUCGGCGAUGCUUCGAAGCCAACGUCCUCGGCGAACUGGACCACAUGUUCUCGGAGGUGGAGCAGCGGGUGGGACGCAAGGAAGGAUUCGACCCGAUGCUCCUCUUCAAUAACGCCACCGCCAACGUCAUCGGCUCGGUGCUGUACGGCCAAAGAUUCGAUCGCAAGAACGCAGUCUUCGAGGCCAUGAAAGCUGCUCUUCACCGGAGCUUGCAGCUGAUCCAGUACGGCGGGGCGUCCACCUUCCUCCCCUUCAUGCGCUAUCUCCCUACUCUGCCCGGCCUGAAGGCCUUUUACAAGGAAAUGGACACGGCCAUUCACUGUAACGAGAUUUUCAUCAAAAAAUACCUGCAGGAACGUGAGAACGGAGACCAGGUGGUCACAACUAUCGUCGAUGCCUACUUGGACGAAAUCAAGCAGGGGGAGAGCUCUUCCUUUUCACACGAGUCGCUCGCUUUCGUGAUCAACGACCUGUUCAUGGCCGGCACGGAAACGUCCGCUACGGUGCUCACAUGGGCAGUGCUGGCGGCUCUCGUUCAUCCGCAGAUCCAGGAACGGAUCCACCAAGAGAUCGACUCACAGGUCCCGACCAGUCGGCAGAUCACCCUUCAGGACAAACCCAACCUGCCGUACACCCAGGCCGUUCUGCUGGAGACACUCCGCUACGGAAGCGUCGUGCCGGCCGUCAUGCGAGCGACAACUCAAGACACCGCCAUCUCGGAUUAUGAGGUUCCGGAAGGGACUAUCGUGAUGUUGAACUACCUGUACGCCAACUUCGAUCCGGAGGUGUGGGAGGACCCCGAGGAGUUCAAGCCGGAGCGUUUCCUUGACGACGAGGGGCAUCUCGUGGAGCGAGAGGAACUCAUUCCAUUUAGCAUCGGGAGACGCAACUGCCUGGGCGAUAGCCUGGCCAAGAUGGAGAUUUUCCUCUUCUUCAGCAAUUUGCUGAAGUUCUACCGUUUCGAGCCGACCAAUGAAUCUGAGUUGAGCAUGGCACCGCAGGCCGGCUUAACUCGUGUCCCACUCCCGUACACCGUCAAGGCCAGUAGCCGCGGUCACUGCAUCUGUUCUUCCAUGGAGGAAUAAAUCAAAAGUACACCUUCUCGGAACCACAUGCCCUUAAAUGCACGUAUAGGCACAUUGGUUUAGUUACCUUGAAAUACACCCAUUGAGAAGAAAAACUUGCCCAAAGUGGCGAUAGGGCUGGUCCCAACUACUACCGUGAAGUUGUCCCGCCAGCAAUCAUUGAAAAAGUGGGCCCGCGGGUAGCAAAGGAAUCCACUAUAUUGUACAUUAUGUUUUCUCUGUGUCGUCAAAAUGUAUAUAGUGGCCAUGUAGAUAUUUUGAUCAAUAUUGUUGCUUCACUAAUAGUGGGGCAGAAACUUGGGGCAGUUGUGCCUUUGAUGACACAAAUAUGGAAUUUGGCACACAGUCAGAGUAUGUCAUGAGAAAGACAU